GGCGGCGUGUUGGCCAUGGCCGGGCUGGUUCGGGCCGUGCGGCGCGUGGCUGCGGUGGGGCUGGGGGCGGCCCGGCACCGGGAGAGCGGCGGGCGGCGCUGGGGCUGGGGGCUGGCGCUCGGGAUGGCGCUGGGCGUGAAGGCGGCGGGCGGCGAGAAGGACGGCGGGGAGGGGGAGGAGCCGGCACCGGCACCGCGACGAGGCUUCGGAGCGGCCAUAGAGAGGAGCCGGGACCUGCUGCAGAGGAUCAAGGAUGAAGCGGGCAUCCCGGGUAUCCUGGUGGGAGUUUCUGUGGAUGGAAAGGAGGUCUGGUCCGAAGGGCUGGGUUACGCUGAUGUAGAGAAUCGUGUGAUGUGUAAGCCAGAGACCAUCAUGCGAAUCGCCAGCAUUAGCAAGUGUCUCACCAUGAUGGCUGUUGCUAAACUGUGGGAAGAGGGGAAGCUGGAUUUAGAUGCUCCAGUGCAGAAAUAUGUCCCUGAAUUUCCAGAGAAAGUCUACGAGGGUGAAAAGGUCACUAUUACCACAAGAUUGCUAGUCUCACACUUGAGUGGGAUUCGUCACUAUGAAAAAGAUAUUGCAAAAGUAAAGGAGGAAAAGGAAAAGGCAAACAGAGCCCUUAAACUAACAAAAUCCAGCCAAGAUAAAGAACAGAAAGAGAAGGAUGGUGAAGGCAUCGAUAAGACUGAUUCUGUCAAGCCAAAGAAGGAACACGAAGGUGAAGUAAAAAGCCGACAUUCAAAACCUGGCAGGAGAGACAAGGAAUUUGAGCACGAAGAGUAUUAUUUAAAGGAAAAAUUUGAGAGUGUGAUUGAAUCACUGAAGAUAUUUAAGAAUGAUCCUUUAUUCUUCAAACCAGGUAGCCAGUUCUUGUAUUCAACGUAUGGCUUUACCCUCCUAAGUGCUGUUGUGGAGAGAGCUUCGGGGCAAAGAUUUACAGAUUACAUGCUAAAAAUGUUCCGUGACUUGGAUAUGUUGUCAACUGUGCUGGAUGACAAUGAAGCAAUGAUAUAUAACAGAGCAAGGUGUUACGUUUACAACAAAAAGGGACGUCUGGUAAAUGCACCAUACGUGGACAACUCUUACAAGUGGGCUGGUGGAGGCUUCCUGUCAUCAGUAGGUGACCUCCUGAAAUUCGGAAAUGCCUUGUUGUACAGUUACCAAGCUGGACAAUUUAGAAACACUAAUGGCCAACUUCUGCCUGGGUACCUGAAACCAGACACAGUUGCAAUGAUGUGGACCCCGGUGCCAAAAACUGAAGUAUCAUGGGACAGGGAUGGUAAAUAUGCAAUGGCUUGGGCUGUAGUAGAGAAAAAACAACAGUAUGGCUUUUGCAGGCGGCAGAGACACUAUGCAUCUCAUACAGGUGGUGCAGUGGGUGCGAGCAGCGUUCUCCUGAUUCUUCCUGAAGAGUUGGACUCUGAAGCUGAAGAUACUGCGGCAGUGGCACCACCUAGAGGAGUAAUUGUGAGCAUUAUCUGUAACAUGCAAUCUGUUUCCCUCAGCAGCACUGCCUUAAAGAUCGCAAGGGAAUUCGAUCAAGAAAAACGGGCACAAUGUAUAGAUUAAAAAAAAGAGAGAUGAAUGAGUGAACUUGAAAUAAGUUGAGUAAGCGAACAUGAAAAACAGAUGGACACGGAGAUCAAAUGGGGCCCUGAAAUCCCAAGGAACAGGUGAGGAAAAAGCAUCAAGAGUUCACUGAAAUUCUGCCAGUGGUGCCACGUUUGAGUGUAACUGGAAUUCACCUCUCAGGGAAGUUCCUGACAGGAAAGAAGAAUGCAACAAGCAAAUCUGACUCCCUGCAUUAACAGUGUAAAUUGUCAUCUUAGUAGCGGGGCUUUUUUCCUCCUCCGGUUAUUUGGCCAACAUUCACAAAAUAAAAACAAAACAACAGUGGCCAAACAAAUGGGGAGUUGCUUUCUCGUAUUGAGUACAACAGCAGACUGUCUGCCUUGAGCGCUAAACUUGUGAAAGACCCAAUUCUUUAUUCUUAAAGUUCAGACCUGCAAAAACAGUGAAAUCAAAACAACUUUACUGCUGACAAAAUUUGUAUAUUUACGUGCAACCUUUUUUUUAUUUGAUUAAAAAGCAAAAGCAAAGCUACCUCUGGGAUGAAGAUUUCCAGCAAGUGCUCUUUUGUCAGAGUUGUGUAUUGCUAGGAAUUGGAAAAGAAUGGGCAGAGAGUCGUGUGUGUAAAAUAAUCUUGUUUAGGUAUUUAACGCCAUUCCUUGAUAGACACAAAGCAUGACAUUGCUGUUCUGUGGAAAUAAAGGUGUUAUUCACAGCUCCCUGCACCCGCGUAGCACAGCACGGUGAGCUGUCAGACAGCCUUGCAGCUGGAUGAUACACGUGCUGGCUUUGGUAGCAGCAGUCGUAGCCAGCAGCUGGAAAUGGCGCUGUAUUCUGGGAUGUAGAAUUUCCUUUUGUUUGGAAAUGAGGAACUAAAAUAACUCAGUAAAAUUUCAAGUCCAUUCUCAAAGCCAGUAGUAGAAAUCUGAUGCACUUUGAGGCUUUUUUGUUUGUCUUCCCCAAACCAUCCUUUUUCCUGUUUUGGACAUCUACCUCAAGGCAUUACGUUUGCACGAGACUGAAGAAGAAAUUCUGUCAGACUUGCAAAUAAGCAGAACCUAAUCUUCAUGUUUCCAACAGAAAUACAGUAACAGCUGAUGAUGUUUACUUGAUGUAUUCCAUAACGGCAUGCAUGAUCUCUGGGAUCUCCAGGACUCCACUUCCCUGUGGUACAUCAGACAGUGUUUUCAGGUUGAGAUGAAACAAACCAUCCUGCAAAAGGAGUUCUAGUGCUUGAGUCCCUGCAUGAUUAGCAGUUGUGCCUCUGACUUUAAGGAGCAAGAUGUUUUGAGUAACAGUUGAAAGAAGGUAGCCUUACCUUCACCUUUCCCAAGCUCCUUCGUAUUAACUUCAUACUGCUACCUGCCACGUGAUGCAAUGCCAUCUUGUCAGCUCUGUUACCAUUAUGCCUGUGAAUAGUUUUGUCCAAGACUGAUAAAUGAAGAAAUUUAUUAUUUUGAGGUGACAGUGCUUUGCCUCCACUGGCAGUAGGGCUGCUUGAGGACUCUUCAUAAUUAUAAGUAAUUGUUCCUGUGCCUUAAAACAGUAGAAGCUUACAAACUGUUUGCUUGGCUUUUCUAGCUCACCAAAACUUUACUUCCUUAUUCAUGAGUGAUGGGUUGUACUGGGAUCUCAAGCAUAUCAGAUCAGCACAGAAGAGAGAUGAGUAAAUGUUUUGGAACAAGCUCAUUUGGUGAGGCAGUUUAUUCACCUGCUCUCACUGAGGUCUUUAAUGUUGUUUGACAAUUGAAGGCAGAGGUACUGGAGAUGCACAUCUACAGUGACAACAUUGCUUUUUCCAGUCUUUGAGCACCUGCUGGCUGGCUAAGCGUGCAGCAGCAGAAGUCAUUGCCAGUUUUGCACAGGGAACAAGAGUAGGUAAGUCGCUCUGCAUUGCUUUCAUGUUGGAGAUUAUGUGAAAAGAAGCUGACAAAACAAAAGGUUUUAGAUAUGGAAACCCUGAAAAGUAACACUGCUACUUUAGGAUCUCUAGAGCAUGUUUUCUUGUAUGAUGCAUUUAUUCUGUGAAUAGCAUUUAACAUUCUUGAAAACCAUUUUGCGUAUUUCAGAGACAAGUUUCACUAGCUGGCCAUUGUGAGAGAGGUUACAUAAAAACUGAGCAUGUAGAAGGGAUAGGUCUUGCAUUAUGCUUGUCUACAUGUGACCAAACAGUAGUCAUAGAAUAUCCUGAGUUGGAAGGGACCCAUAAGGAUCAGUGAGUCCAGUUCCUGGCACCACACAGGACCACCCAAAAAUCAUUCUGUAUGUCUGAGAGUGUUAUCCGGUCACUGCCUGGACUCUGGCAAGCUGGGUGCCAUGACCGCUGCCCUGGGCAGCCUGCUCAGUGCCUGACUGUCCUCUUGGUGAAGAACCUCCAACCUGACCCUCCCCUGCUGCAGCUACUUGCCAUUGUCCUGGGUUCUAUCACUGGUCACCCCCAACACUGGAAUUAAUUCCUUUGGACAUACAGGUGUUUGAAGUAUGUAAGGCAGUGAGAAAUAAGGUGUCUUCAGAUGCUUUUAACAUGAAGAUAUUCGUUACAAUAUCCCACUCCCCUCGUGGAUUGAUUAGCCACUAGCUUUUUGUAUGCAAAGGCCACAUAGUUUUUAUGUCCUGUACCUUAGGACUUUAAAAGGUCUACUGUCACAUGUACAGCCAUGUAAAAUGUGAAAAUGUUAGGAAGUCUACAUCUCAUCUUCCAACACGUAGCAAAAUGUGUCACUGACUUUGUCUGCUAUGGCACUUACUCACCAAUCUUAGAUUUUCAUGUGUUGGGUAGAGGUAGGAGGAGAGCAGAAAUGAGGCAGACUGCAUCAGUCUGACUUAGCACAAAUGGCCAAGUCACUGUAUUGCUGUCAUCUUUAGUGUGAAGCCACUUAUUUGAUGCACUGGCAUUAAGUAUAGAAGACUGGUCAAUGAAGAGCAACUUAGGUGAUUAAUGCAUUCUUAACUUUUACUGUGCAAACAGUAUGGUGCUAACAUGAGCCUGUUCUGGUCUUAAACGCAUGCAUGCUAAAUUGGUGCAUCUGUUUCUGUAUCAAACACCCGCUUCUUACAUCUGGUAAUUAUCAGUGUUUGCUAUUAAGUGAAAUAAAACAGCUUGCAAAUGUA